UGUAAUGUUGAAUAAGGGAAUGUGCUUGUUUUCUCUUAUCAGGGAGCUUGAAGAGAAGAGUCUGUCAAGAUGUCGGAGGGCGGCGGCGCAUCAGGUUCUCCAAAGAAAGGCCUGACGCUCGAUGACCUCAUCGCGGCUAUUGACAGGCAUAAAAGAAAUCCGAGCAAUAUCCCCAAGCGCAUUCUCCAGUACAUUCUCCACAGCUACCACCAAGAAGUGAAGAAAGUUAUAGAUGCAGCCCAAGGUAGCUGGGAAAGAUUCAAGGAGGGAAUGCAGAGGAAGUACCGCCUGGGAGAUGGACUGUUGACCACUGCGGACCUUGAGGCAAUGAAUAAAGAGGAUUUUACGAAGAUAGGGGCUUUUGUUCAAGAAUUUAAGAAGAGGGCGCGGAAGGUCCAUGGGAUUUCGGAGGAAGCACAGUGCGCCAUCUUCCUGGGGCUACUCACGGCAUCGGAGACCGUCGAGUUGACGAGGCAUGGAGGAGGCAGCACCAAGCUCACCUGGGCCACUAUUGACAGAGGGGUGGAAGUUGGGUGUCUGGACGAGGUGGAGCAAUGUCAUGUACGCCUGCAAAGGCAGAAAAGAAAGGAAAGAGAUGCGACUGCUUCUGGGACCCCGGGGGUAACAAGGAUUGUUACAGACGUAUUGGCACAACUGGGGUAUGCGACAGAGCCGGUGGUGCAAAGGAGGGUAGUAACGGCUGUCCAAGUAAAAGGAACGGAGCCGGUGAUAGAGGAGGCUGUUCAGGAGGAGCUUUGGGAAGAGGAAGAGUCGGUGCUGCAACGCCUGACGAAGGCCCAGCGCAAAGUGCGUGACUUGGCGCAGGGAGGACAGAGAUCAGGAAAAGUGCAAGCGCCUCAGGCGGUGGUUGCGGCUCCUCCAAGUGUGGCGGCGCCCUCGUUUAGUGCGGGCCCCUCUUCACAGGGAAGCGUGGCUAGAGGUGGGAACCAGGGGCAGGGCAAUCAAGGCAACGGAGGGAGGGGUGGAGGAAGGGGGCGAGGCAGGAGUGGCGGCGGAAGAGGAGGGCAAUGGAAUAUUCAAGGCCGAGGAAACCAAGGCCGGGGGUACCGAGGCCAGGGGAAUCAAGGCCAAGGGUACCCAGGCCAGGGGUAUCAAGGCCAGGGGUAUCAGGGAAGUCAGGGAUACGAAAGACCCCGCUUUGAUUGGAGGUCGCCUAUCUGCGAGCAUUGUGACCAGCAAGGCCACACUAUAAAGUUCUGUAACAUGAGGCGGGAGGACAAGAAAAGCAGGCUGAUUUCCUCCACUAUGGACGGGAACAUUUAUGAUCAACUUGGGGAGUUCAUCGACAGAAGACUCGGGGGAGUAAAGGCGGAAGCUCAACGGAAGGCGGCAGCCGGGCCGCUACCUCCUGCCACAUUCAGACUAUGGCAGGAAAAGAAAGGACCAUUGGUGGGGAUAAGAGAAUUCAGAUUAUGGCAGGAAAAGGAAGAACCACCGAUUGGGGUAGAGGAAGUGGGGAGCGACGAGGAAGUAACUCAAGGUAAAUUAUGGCAGGAAAAGAAAGAACCACCGAUUGGGGUAGAGGAAGUGGGGAGCGACGAGGAAGUAACUCAAGGGCCACGAGGUGGAAGCAAGAGGGAAGAGCCUAUAAUCAUCGAGUCGGAUGACGAGGACGAGGAAAGAGGGAUGAAGCCUCCAUCCGUCUUAUUAGGGAAGAUGGAGGACUUGUUGGACAAGGUGGGAAGGUCUGACUUUACGAAGACAGCCAUGCCAAGAGGAGGGAAGGGGACACGGCCGCCUCAGAGGCCGUUGGGAGCAUCAGGAGGAUAUGAGCAGCAUGGGCCUCGCCAUCGAGAGAGUACUCCGAUGUACGAUGAUGGGGACAUCGAGCUAUUCCUGGACAGCUUCUGGGAUCAUGCGAGGCGUAUGGGUUGGACCGUUGCCCAGGCGAUUGGGAGACCGAGGGGAGCAGGCAGAUUCGAGGAGCCCGUCGUGCGGAUCCGUAGAGAGGCGACAACGAGAUCAGAGGUGGAGUGGAGGAUGCAGGAGCUGCGACCCUCGCCUGUGGGACCUGAUGGCAGGCCGAUCCGCUUGGAGAUUGGAAAUGCGUCGGAUUUCAUCCCCGCGUUUGAGUGGUUCAUGCAGGGGCAGGGUCAGCCACCCAUCGCGCUAGCUAGGGCCCCGGAGAUCCCUGAGAUGUGGAGGGACUUCUGGGAGCAGAGAGGAGAGGAGCUUCCUUCGCCAGUCAGAGUCGGGCUUGGGGUGGCAAGGAAGGCAGAAGAAAGGUUGGAUCGCAAGAUCAAGUUCCUGGCCAAGACAACUUUUGACCGGCACUUGUUGUUGAAAAGCGAUCUGGCAGGGAAGAAGAUAAAGGAAGCCGACCAUGGAGUACGCCUGGAGGCUAUGGAGGUGGAAAUCCAGGAACUCAAGGCAUUGGUGGUCAACCAGACAGCUAUCAUUGAGAGUCUGAGGCAGCGAUCUCAGGGAGGGGCGGACAAGCCAGAGAGCAGCCGGCAGGGAGAACAAAGGCAGCCAGGACAUGGUUUGCCAGGACAGCCAUCUGCAGCAGAGACUCGCCAGAAGCCGCCUAUGGGGAGAGUUAUCCUGGAGCCAGAGGAGGUGAGAGACCAGAGGGAAGCAGAGAGAGAGACCUUCGAGUUUCGAGCCCCUACUUAGCUCGCGACGCUACCUAUAGCAGUGGCGGUGUAAGGAAACCCGGGGAGGGGGCGCCUACUGUUCGCUGAAGCCAAGGGCUACGGCGCCUGUCACUCGCCGCGCCCGCUUCCGAGGUCCUCAGCGACCAGCAGGCAUCGAAGUCAGGGGCGCCCUGUCACGCUCCUGAACAGCUUCGAYCAACAAGGUGAUUCUACUGUCGCUCACCAGUACGUUUCUGCAAUCAAUUUAAAAUUCCGCC